UUGUAGCAAGCUAAGUGAUCUCUCUUGUAGUAGUUGGUCAUUGUAUAUACAUAAUGGUGUUGAACUUAGUGAAGAUGAUAACGAUGGCUAAUCUGCUAAGUAUGUUUAUAUUAAUGGAGGUGGUGGCGGGUGGGUUUCGAUUUGGAGUUGAUGGUCUUCGCAUGGACUACUACAUAAUGAGUUGCCCAUUUGCUGAAUCCAUAGUGAAGAACACUGUUAAUAGAGCUUUGCAAGAUGACCCAACGUUGGCAGCAGCUUUGGUUAGGAUGCAUUUCCAUGAUUGCUUCGUUGAGGGAUGUGAUGGCUCCAUUCUGAUUGACUCGACCAAGGACAACACAGCAGAAAAAGACUCACCUGGAAACUUAAGCUUGCGAGGCUAUGAAGUUAUUGAUGAUGCAAAGGAGCAGCUGGAAGAUCAGUGCCCUGGCAUUGUCUCCUGCGCUGAUAUUGUUGCAAUGGCUGCCAGAGAUGCCAUUUUCUGGUCAGAGGGACCUGUGUAUGAUAUACCAAAAGGAAGAAAAGAUGGAAGGAGGUCCAAGAUAGAAGACACCAUAAACCUGCCAUUCCCCACCUUCAACACCUCAGAGCUCAUCAGCGCCUUCGGCAAGCGAGGUUUCAGUGCUCAAGAAAUGGUUGCUUUAUCUGGGGCACAUACGUUAGGAGUGGCAAGGUGUUCAUCCUUCAAAAACAGAUUGAGUAACGCAGAUGCUAACCUGGAUUCGAAUUUCGCCAAGACGUUGUCCAAGACAUGCAGUGCCGGCGACAACGCAGAGCAACCGUUCGAUGCCACGCAAAACACCUUCGACAACUUCUACUUCAACGCAUUGAUAAGGAAAAGUGGGGUUCUUUUCUCGGAUCAAGUACUGUAUACGACGCCGAGAACAAGAAACAUUGUGAAUGGUUACGCCAUGAACCAAGCUAUGUUUUUCUUUGAUUUCCAGCAGGCAAUGGUGAAAAUGGGGAAGGUUGAUGUUAAGGAAGGAUCUAAUGGGGAAGUUCGACAGAAUUGCCGCAAAAUUAACUGAAGUUUAUUAUACUAGUUUGAGUUCUACAGCUUGAUUUUCUGUAAUCUAAAUUGUAUCAACCACAAAUUCUGGCAUUUCUAUGUUUAUGGUUACAUAAAAACUAAAUAAUCCAUAAAUUACUUUACCUA